AUGGUGAGCUCACAAUCAUCUCACAGCUCUCGUGACUCGUGGAGACCGGACGCAGUGGAUGAGACGUUGACUCUGGAGUUUGGAAGUCCGCUGUCUUUGAAUUCUGGGAAUGUGAUGGCGAACAAGAAAAUCGGAAUCGGACACGCCAACUGCAUUUGCACAUGCAAGUGUGGAGCUCAUCACAAGGCAGCGGAGCAGGAGAAUGUCGGACCCCAAGGCACGUGGGAAAAAUCUGUAUCCGCUAUGCUAUAUGCGAAGCCGGAGGAGUUGAUUGGAGCCUACAGAAAGCCGGAACCUGCAAAAAGUUCGGCGGAACUCUUGGCUAAAAUGGCAGCAGCUCGUCAAAGUGAAUCUGGAUUCUGGGGAAAUCCUGGAGAGUCCUCUAACUCUGGAACAUUCGGACAUAUUGGAAAGCGUUCAGCACUAUCUAAUGAGUCCAAAGGGAACGAUGGGCCCAGUGGAACCUACAACUUGUUCGGCGGAUCCAACAACUUGCUGAGUCUCGGAAAAUAA